AUGACCCAACGCGUCGCCUUGGCUUUGCUAUGCCUGUUGUCCGGCUUGUGCACGCCUUCGCUGGGCUACUUCGCCGAGGAGCGCUGGAGCCCGGAGUCUCCGCUGCUGGCUCCCCGGGUUGUCCUAACCCUCAUCUGCCGCAACUCGGAGCACUCGCUGCCUUACGUGCUGGGAGCUGUGGAGCGCUUCGACUACCCUAAAGAGCGAAUUGCCGUAUGGGUGGCGACCGAUCACAAUGAGGACAACACCACGGCCAUCUUGCGUGACUGGCUUAUCAAAGUGCAAAAUCUUUAUCAUUACGUGGAGUGGAGGCCAAAGGAGGAACCCAGCCAAUACGAGGACGAAGAGGGUCCCAAGGACUGGCCGGACCCCCGUUACGAGCACGUCAUGAAACUGCGGCAAGUUGCGCUGGAAUCGGCCCGGGAGAUGUGGGCCGAUUACUUCAUGUUGAUGGACUGUGACAACCUGCUCACAAACCCAAAGGUCCUUUGGUCUCUCAUGAGCGAGAAUAAGACAGUCAUCGCUCCCAUGCUGGAUUCCCGCGGGGCUUAUUCCAACUUCUGGUGCGGAAUGACCAGUCAGGGCUACUACAAGCGUACCCCGGCCUACAUGCCCAUGAGGAAGCGGGUGCGUAAGGGCUGCUUCGCUGUGCCGAUGGUGCACUCUACUUUCCUGAUAGACCUCAGGAAGGAGGCGUCCAAGCAGCUGGCCUUUCACCCACCACACCCGGAGUACAACUGGGCCUUCGACGACAUUAUCGUCUUUGCAUAUUCCGCUCGGAUGGCAGAUGUGCAGAUGUUUGUGUGUAACCGAGAGACGUACGGCUACGUCCCCGUGCCGCUGCGCGCCCACAAUACCUUGCAAGACGAGGCCGAGAGCUUUAUGCAUUGCCUACUGGAGGUUAACGUGCGGCAUCCUCCGGUGUUACCAUCCGAACACGUUCCCGCUCCCGCCAAACAACCAGACAAAAUGGGAUUUGACGAGGUCUUCAUGAUCAACCUCCGGAGGCGGAGUGACCGAAGGGAGCGCAUGCUGAGAGCUCUCCAUGAGCAGGAGAUUGACUGCAAGAUCACAGAGGCUGUAGAUGGAAAGGCUUUAAAUAUGAGUGAUAUCCAGGCUAUGGGCAUCCACAUGCUGCCUGGAUACAGCGACCCUUAUCAUGGCCGCCCGCUAACUAAAGGAGAGCUGGGAUGCUUCCUUUCGCACUAUAACAUCUGGAAAGAGAUUGUCAAGCGCGGCCUGCUCACCUCACUGGUGAUCGAGGACGACCUGCGCUUUGAAGUCUUCUUCAAACGACGUCUCAUGUACUUGAUGAGCGACAUCGAGGAUGAAGGACUCGACUGGGACCUCAUCUACAUCGGACGCAAGCGAAUGCAAGUGGACCACUCGGAGAAAGCGGUGCCCAACGUCCACAACCUGGUGGAAGCCGACUAUUCCUAUUGGACUUUAGGUUAUAUGAUAUCCUUGCAAGGAGCGAAGAAGCUGUUAAAGGCCGAGCCUUUAAAGAGGGUGCUGCCGGUGGAUGAGUUUCUACCCAUCAUGUUUAAUAAACACCCAGUGUCCGAUUACAUGGAACAGUUUGAGACGCGCGACCUGAAAGCCUUCUCAGCAGAGCCUUUGCUGGUCUACCCCACACACUACACGGGAGACUCUGGCUACAUUAGCGACACGGAGACGUCCACCGUGUGGGACAACGAAAAAAUCCGCACGGACUGGGACCGAGGACGCUCGGGCAAAACUCAGGAGCAGGCCCAGCUCAGUACCGAGGCCCAGAACUCUGACGUGCUACAGUCGCCCUUGGACAGCACGGCGCGGGAUGAGCUAUGA